AAACAUUCAGUUAUCUUUUGAUUAGUCACGGAUGUAUUUGUUUCAUAGUGAUUUUCAAUUUAACAGUCAUGACUUUAGUUACUAAAUAUUUUAACUGCAAUAUUUUAAGAGAAGGAAAAAUUGUGGCAGAAGACUUAUGGGUUGAUAAUGGACAAAUAGCUAAUCCAGAAGUUAUAUUUUAUGAUAAAAAAAAAAAUCCAGACAUUGAAAUUGAUUGUCUAGGAUCUUUAAUUAUUCCAGGACUUAUAGAUUUGCAAAUAAAUGGAGCUUUUGGGAUUGAUUUUACUCAUGAUAGUGGUGAAGGACUUGAAGUAGUUAGAAAAGGAUUAUUGCAAUAUGGAGUUACUGCAUUUUGUCCGACAAUUGUAUCAACCACUAGCUUGAAUUACCGUAAAAUUUUACCAAAAUUGAAACGUUGUCAUGGUAGUCAACAAGGAGCUGCGAUUUUAGGAGCUCAUGUUGAAGGUCCAUUCAUCAGUAAUUUAAAGCUUGGUGCACAUAACAUGUCUAAUAUAAAAACCUUGGAAGAUAAUAAUUUAUUUAACACAUAUGGUAGUUUGGAAAAUAUAGGAAUAGUUACUUUAGCUCCUGAACUUGAUGGUUCAAUGGAGGCUAUCAAGAUACUAUCUAAUAAAGGAAUUGUAGUGUCAUUGGGACACACAUCAACAAAUAUGGAAACUAGUUUACAAGCAAUACAAAAUGGAGCUUCAUUUAUUACUCAUUUAUUUAAUGCAAUGGUUCCUUUUCAUCAUAGAGAACCUGGUUUGCUUGGAUUAAUUACAUGUCUACCAAGUGAUGAAAAGCCAAUAUUUUUUGGCAUAAUAGCUGAUGGUACUCAUACUCAUCCAGCAGCAUUGAAAAUUGCACAUAGCGUCAACCCAAAAGGACUUGUAUUGGUAACAGAUGCAAUUUCAGCUAUUGGACUACCGGAUGGAAUUCAUCAUUUAGGUGAUGAACAAAUAGAAGUAAAAAAUUCAAAAGCAUAUAUUGCAAAUACUAAUACAUUGUGUGGGAGUAUGACUUUUUUGGAUGAGUGUAUGAGAUAUUUUAUAAGUUCAACAAAUUGUAGUAUUGUUGAAGCAAUUGAAGCAGUAACCUUACAUCCAGCUCAAGUAUUAGGAAUACAACAUUGUAAAGGUACACUUAAUUAUGGAGCUGAUGCUGAUUUUGUAUUAUUAGGGACUAAAUUGAAUGUUCAAUCUACAUGGAUUAAUGGAAAAUGUGUUUUUGAACACAAAAAUAAACCAGGUUAUAUCAUGAAAAAAACCACUUAGAUAUUCCACUUACAGUCCCAAUUUAUCAAAUUUUAUUUGUUAACUUUUGUAUUUUAUUAUUUAUUAAUCAAAAAUACCACUUAUUAGAAUAAUUAAA